CCUACAAAUCCUCUUGCAUCCAUCACCUGCACCCAACCUUCUCCUCUCCUCACCUUUGCUAAGGGCAGAUUCGGCAUCACCAUGAUACAAGAGGAGGAGUGCGACGUAGUCCUCCGUCUCGCAGUAGGAGGCGGGGAGAAGACUCCAGUUCGAGAGAUCUCGGAGAGGCUCAUGAGACCGGCAAACGAGAGAGAGGAGGCGGAAGGCACGAGAAGGAAGCUGAGGCUCUCCGAAGAGCAGCUGAGCUUGCUUGAAGAUAGCUUCAGAGCCCACAACACGCUCGCCCAUGACGAGAAGCGAGAGCUGGCGCAGAGGUUGCACUUACAGCCAAGGCAAGUGGAAGUAUGGUUCCAGAACAGAAGAGCCAGGAGGAAACUGAAGCAGACCGAAGAGGACUGUGAGUCCCUUAGGAAGUGCUGCCAGAGGCUCACCAACGAGAACAGAAGACUCAAGAGGGAGUUGAUGGAGCUGAGGGCAGCGAGGCUAAUAACGUGUUCCUCGUGCGAGAAGAUAGCGAGGGACGAGAAGAAGACCAUUAAUUCCUGAGAAGCUUAAGAUAGCCAGCCUGAGGAAGGGACAUGUAACUCACGAUUCAAGCUCUAGAUUAGUCCAUGUUAAUAAGAAGUGAUUGGUCUGACUGCUGUUUCUCAAGUUUUAUGCACGGUUCAUCAUCCAUGGCAAAGUAACUUGUAAGAGAUUAGGAUUACAGAG